GAAACUCCCAGAGUUCCUGAAGGUGAAGACUAUCCCGAGCGAUUGAUGAGCCCACCCCCAACUAAAGAACCGCGAUCGAUCAUCAAACAGGGUUACUAUAGGUACACAUCUGGGGAUGGCCCAUAUCAAAACCGACCGAAGUCCACGAAUUUCAACGAUUUGCCUGAGGAAGAACGGUAUCGCAUAAUGCAAGAAAACCUUGAAAAGCAUCGGAGAGGUCGUGCCACUACACCCAAACCACCAGUCACUUCCUUUAAUGGACCUUUCUUCAAGUUAGAGGAAGAUCCCACGGUUGUCAUUUGGCCACCGUUGAACGACAAAAAAACUCAGCGAUCUCAUUCAGUUAUGUCCCGAAAAAUCACUGACCCCGAUCGAAUAGCUGAAUAUCGACGUCAAAAGCAGAUGGAAGAAGAAGCGAUGCGACGGCAUGAAGAAGAGAAAUUGUUGAUGCGUGCAAUGCAAAUUCAACAACGACGUCUGUACGAGCAAUGUCACGGUGUAGUUUCACCAGUUCCAUUCAUCGACGUUGAUCACAACCCCUAUGGAAGCCAGUAUGGGCUAGCUCAGUCCCCAGCUCCCGAAUUUCAAUCGCCGUUUCUGCUUAAGGACUUCGGCCCGGAUCCGCAUCGAAUGCGGGUUUAUGAAACAAGGCCUAUUUCGGCACUUUCGGAACCUUCUGAUCAUGGUGAUUCCGUACCGCACAAUACCUGGAGAAGGACGUAUGUCGUUGAGAAACCACGGGAGGUGGCCAAAAAUGAAAUUUUGAAUAGCGAGAUGUUGUUAGAGAAAGAACACUACGAGGUGGACAUUCUUAAGCGCCGAGCAGCAUUUGUAGAGAAACCCGAAGAGCCACCUGAGAUCAUACGAACAGGGCGGCGAUGGCAGCCACCACCGGAGAAACCGUACAUAUGGCCAACGUUCCCUCGACCUGGAUCUGUAGACGUUCAACUGCCAGAAAUAGAUUACCCUACAGGAGGCCCAAGAUCCGCGGACAAUGCAGAAUACCAUUGGGCUCCAGUGGUGACCGAUCCUGGUUAUAGAAAAGAGCGUAAAAACUUCACACCAACCAACACUCCUCCGUUGUCACCGAUAAGAGGACACGGCACGGGACCUUUGGACGAAGCAGCUAAACGUCAAACAAAGUACCUCAUACAGCCAUCACCUGAUGGAAGUCAUCGGCCGAAACCAGCAUUCCGAAAGGAAAGAAAGGCGCCUAGCGGUGGUUUCUACCCACUUUCGAGUCGGUUUCCGAGGACCGGGUCCAUAAGCGAAUUAUAUCGAAUUAACAUAUUAGACCUACAGACAUAUCCAAGGCAUAUUCCUGUACAAGCCGGCUUUGAAGUCCCUUGA